AUGCAGAGCUAUGCCAAGAACUUCGAAAAGGUUUUUGGUCGAGACGACCGAGGCGAAUCCGAAGCUUCGGACAGCUCCGUGGUGGAGUUCGGAACGGGCCCGCUGGGCCUGGAGAUUUCAUGGACGGCCCCACCGGUGGUUGCGGCGGUGGUGCCCGGAGGUGCGGCGGAGGUGUUGAAGCUGCAGCCGGGCCACGUGGUGCUGGAGAUCAACGGCACCCAAGUCGCGGAAGCCUUGCCCGAGAUGGAGGUCGAGGAGCUCAUGCAGCAGCGCCCACUCCGGCUGCGCCUCGGAAAGGUUCAGGAUUCCGACAGGACUCAGAUGCUCCGGCGCUGGGACCUAGUGAGGCAGCAGGGCGUGGUACAAGUGCCACAGGCGAUGCCCAAGGACUUGGCCCAGGAGCUGCUGGCCUUCAUGCACGAGGAGUACCACCGCUGCCUGGCGGCAGUGCUGAAGGACUCCACGCGGGUGCCGGAGCUCUUCUCCAACGUCAUGAUGCCCCGGGCAGGCGCCGAUGCUCCCACCACGCGCUGGGACAUGCGCCUGCCCAUGGAGCCCGUGGUGUACCGAGCCCUGGGGGCGCUGCUCGGGCAUGAGAACCUGGAGGGCCUGGGCGCGGGCUUCGAGGACCUCGCGGGGAAGGACGCGGAGCUUUGGGAGCUGGGGGUCACCGUCACAGAGCCCGGGGCAGUACCUCAGGCGGUGCACUGCGACGCCCCCGCGCGGUGCCUCUACACCGCCUUUGUCGCGCUCCAGCCCAUCUCCUACGAGAUGGGCCCCACCCACUUCUGGCCAGGCACCAACACCGUGGUGGCGCACCGGCGCUUCGAGGCAGCGCCCCGGGAGUUCCUGGAGCCUUUGCAGCCUGUCGCGCCGCUGCUGGAUGCAGGAGAUGCCGUGCUCUACGACAGCCGCGUGCUGCACUGCGGUGCCGGCAACGCCUCGCAGCAGCGGAGGGCGCUGAUGUAUGUCACCUUCCGGGCGGAGUCAGCGGAUGCUGAGAGCCUGGGGGUACGUCAGCACUCCAUCCGGCCGGAUCUGAAAGGCCGCGUUCGUUUGCGCCAAUUCCGGCCUUAG